ACAUAGAGUUUGAAAGCCACGUUGACAACGAAGUGGUGUUUUGUUUCAUUCCAAAACCGGUGAAAUAACGGUAACUGCACCGGUGUGUCUGUCCAGCGGCCAAAGGGUUUGAAAAUCGUACAGAAGGGCAAGCCACUUCACCAGAAAGAUGAGUGUAGGAUUCAUCGGAGCGGGCCAGCUGGCUCACGCACUGGUGAAAGGGUUCACAGCUGCGGGUGUAAUAGCUACUCAGAGAAUCAUAGCCAGUUCUCCAGACACUGAUCUGCCUACUGUUGCUGGCCUGAGGAAAAUGGGUGCUAUCCUCACCACCAGUAACAAGGAGGUGGUGAACAAGAGUGAUGUCCUGUUCCUGGCAGUCAAACCCCACAUCAUCCCCUUUGUGCUGGAUGAGAUUGGACCAGACAUAGAGGACAGACACCUUAUAGUGUCCUGUGCUGCAGGAGUCACCAUCAGCUCUAUAGAGAAGAAGCUGCUUCAGUACCGUCCGUUCCCUAAGGUAAUGAGGUGUAUGACCAACACCCCCGUCGUGGUGAGAGAGGGAGCUACAGUCUACGCUACAGGAACACAUGCUGAGGUGGAGGAUGGCAAGUUGUUGGAACAGCUGAUGGCCAGUGUUGGGUUCUGUACAGAGGUGGAGGAGGACCUUAUCGAUGCCGUCACCGGCCUCAGUGGCAGUGGCCCCGCCUACGCGUUUACAGCUCUGGAUGCCCUAGCCGAUGGAGGGGUGAAGAUGGGUCUACCCAGGAGACUAGCGGUCAGACUGGGAGCUCAGGCACUACUGGGAGCAGCUAAGAUGUUGUUGGACUCUGAGCUGCACCCUGGCCAGCUGAAGGACAAUGUGUGUUCCCCUGGGGGAGCCACCAUCCACGCCCUGCACGUGAUGGAGAGUGGCGGAUUCCGCAGUCUGCUCAUCAACGCCGUGGAGGCUUCUUGUAUCAGGACACGAGAGCUGCAGUUCCUAGCGGACCAGGAGCGCAUCUCCCCGGCAGCCAUUAAGAAGACCACCCUGGACAAGGUCCUGCAGCAGCCUGGGGUCAGCCAGGGGUCAGGGGUCAACGGCAAGCCAGGACUCAGCCUCAGGAGAAACCUCCCAGGACCUGUCAAGAAGAACAACUGAGAUGGAGACAACACACACACACACACACACACACACACACACACACACAACACCUAUAACGCCAGGACUCAGCCUCAGUAGAAACCCCAGGACCUGUCAAGAAGAACAGCGGAUGGAUGGACACACAUACACUCACAAAAUGUGGAAAUUCACCUUGCACAGACCCAUAGCCUUGGUCUGACAGGGAGUCCGUGAACAGAAAUGCAUGUACAACAUGCUGCCUGUCCACCUUGUCUUCAGUCUGUCUGAGGAUAUGUGUCUCCGUGGUGGUAACGACCCAAUGGGCCAAAACAUCAGUGAAUAUUUCAGAUAGAAAUGCAAUGCAUAGAGCUGACAUGAUUCCUUAUUCUGCAUGACAGAGGAAUGCAUAGAAUCUGUUCUUUGCAAUUCAUUUCUUUCUGAGCGUUUUUUUAUGUUUCCCCUGCAGCUGAAGCAGGCAACAGAUGGCUUCAGUGAUGGCUUUUUUUGCCUGAUGACUGGAACUGAAUUCUUCCCACUGCUCUGUUCUCUGCACACGUUGAAGUUGUUUCUGGUGACGUCAUAAUGAGGGGGUGUUGUACAAAAGUCAUCAGCGAUUGGAUCCUUUCGAACCAAUCAGCAUCAAAGCCAAUGACAAUUUUUUUUUAAACGCCUCUUUACUCACGUGUGCUUUGGCUCUGGCCCAACCCAUUGGUUUCUGGGACCAAUCGGUACAUUUAUGUGUUUGUGUUCGGGAAAAUCGUCAGGGGCGGGGUACUCCGAGCCAGAGUCGUUGCGCAGAAGAAAUGCUAGUGGCCUAGCGUUUUCACAGGAGCGAGGAGUUUGCGUACCUAGUCAAGCCAUUUCUAAGGUAGUGUCCCAAAUUGUACCCUAUUCUUCCCCUCCCCAAUAGCGGUCAAAGGUAGUGCACUAUAAAGGAAAUAGGCUGCCAUUUGGGAUUCACACCAAGUGUACUAUACAGACAGUUACAGUGUAUUUUAUAUGAAGUCAGAUCACGCCAUGAAAACCCUUUUUAUUUUGUUGUGAUUUUCUUGUCAUUAUUUUUGGUCUACAGUGUUAUUUUAUGGACUGACUAAACAACAAUUGUUUUGAGAAUUUGAGUUUUUUGUUUUUUAUAUAUUCUAUUGUCCGUAUGUUGCGGUCACCAUCAGGACAAAAAAUGAACACUAGCCACCAGACAAAUGAACACUAGCCACCAGACAAAUGAACACUAGCCACCAGACAAAUGAACACUAGCCACCAGACAAAUGAACACUAGCCACCAGACAAAUGCUGGUAAAAAGUCUGGGUGACUGGUGAAUUUUUAAAUCCAUGAGUCACACUGGCUGGCAUGCCAAAAAUAUAUUUUCAGGCGCUGGUCACCAUCAUUAGUUUCUAAACCUCUCUCUACUGUGUGAGAAGGUGGGUCGCCAGGUCAAAGCAGGUCCAUUGUUUACAUGGUGUGACCUUUUGACUCCGGAAGGGUUUCUCUCUUACAGGGUCAGGUACAAGGUCAAUGCAAGCUUUCUCACUGCUCACCUGCUUCUUCCUCAAAGUUUCUGUUUGUAUUGUUCCAUGUCAGAUGACCUCUGUCUCUGGAGGAAAUCAUGGAUCUAAAAACACACCGAAAUCAUCAUGUGGGUUCAUCUGGCAUCUGCAUAGAUUACCAGAACUAAACCAUACCUAGGGACGUGUUCAACAUCUCAGUAACCACGGCAACGUGACGUAACAAUCUGAUCAUCUGCAGACAAAUUCUGUCUAUCUGUUAAGUGAGGAAGACUCAUCCUUCAGUGAAGAAGAUGCUACCAUGUUAUUAUCUGUCUCAAAGGGAACCAUGUAUUUAACCUUGUAGUGCUAGUGUAUCUAGUUUAUAUCCGUCGUCAUUCACUUUCACAUGGAACUAUUCAUUUGUAUGUUUUUGCUACUGAUUAGUAAAAAUGUGUAUGGUCAAUUACCAAAGGCUCUGUCCUAAAUUGUAUAUUGAGUUAGCAUAUGGUAGUGAAAGGAGGCGAGUUGAGGAAUCUACCUACUGUAGAGUAUUGGGAUGCAGCCCAGCUCUAGCUGUUCAGUUAUUUCAACUCAGCAUCUGGAGACACAGAGGAAGUCACAGUAUAGUAUGUGGACGUGUCCGUCCCCCCCUCGUCCCCCCGUUAACUUGACAAGUACGGUUCUACAGAUGUCAUCGUCCGUCAUCGUCACGUACUCAACGGGGGACAGACGGGGUAAAGUUUCAACCCCUGUGCCCCCACGGAUACAAAUAGACAUUUGUGAAGAGUGGCGUGUACCAAAUGGCACCCUAUUCCCUACAUAGUGCUCUAUGGGUCCUGGUCCAAAGUUGUCUACUAUACAGGGAAUGGCACCCUAUUCCCUACAUAGUGCUCUAUGGGUCCUGUGGUGGCAUUUGGGAGUCAGGAUGCAGACAGUUUUUCCCUCGCUGCCGUAGAUACGGAUUCUGAUUGGUUGGCGUGGGAGGAAACGAGCCGCCAGUUUUAGAACACUCUCGGCAAUAUGAAGGAGGUGGGUGACAUCUCAGGUCCAGGAGAGGUUCAAGUCAGGGUUGGAUGUGGCAUUCUAUUCCCUAUAUAAUGUAACACUUCUGACUAGGGCCCAUAGGGCUGUGGUCAAAAGUAGUGCACUAGGAAAUUUGGGUGCCAAUGAGCACGCACAGAUUGGCUCUUGGGGUUUCCCAACGUCAACAUCUUCUAAUCUACUUUUUGGAGGGCACAUCGAUAUUUAAAUUUAUGGGGGUACCCAGCCCUCCUGCAUUUCAAAUCAUGGUUCAUUUCCUGCCUUAUUUCUCUCCUUUAUACUCAAACUUUACAGUCAAACUAAAAGAAACUCAUCCAAGUACAUUUACUUCUACAAUAACUUUUAUAUAUUGCCUUCAACAAUAAUACAGGACACAGGCCAAUUGUUUGUUUGCCUCUGAAAUAUGAAUGCAGAAGACCAUGUUGUGUGUGAAUUGUCCUCCACGGCAUAUCCAUUGUAAAGUCUGGAGUUUGAAUAGACUACCUACUUUACAAGGCACCAGGUGUAGAAGGUAAUGUCGAUAUGCAAGAAAACCGUCGAGACAAGCGGCAGUCGAGAUAAAUUUUCUCCAAUCACAGUUGAACAAUACUAACCGCUUGCAGCCUACAGGAUUACCUUAGCUACAUUCCGGUUAAAAAGUGGCCUUUGAUUAAAGUGUGUGUCUGUGUGUGUAAAAAAAUAAAGGCCUUGAUUAAAA